AUGAGCUCGGCGUCAUAUCGCGAAAAAUGCAACGAUGCAGUUGAAGUUUCCAACUCCGAAGAGAACAGACAAGAAGCAUCAAACGUGCCAGCGCAAACCAUAAAUGAUGACUCGUUGGUCAAUCAACAAAAUAUAGACAGUCGCCCACCACCAACAUCUACAGAUCAAAUGGACAGAUUACAGAUACAAGAGAUGAAGAAGUUGGCUAGUCAGCUGGUGGGGGGAAGUAUAACGAGGUUGGGCAAUGGUGCUGAAGGUAGUAGAGAUGCUAGUUUAUCACAUUUAAACAAUGAUGACGACAAGAGGUCUGGUGGCGGAGAAAACACAAACACUGGCAAUAUUAGAUAUGUGACGAGUGAUGAUACAGACAAGAACAAUGAAAAUUUACGAAAGUGA